AUGCCACGAAAGCCACGAAAUAUAAAAGUUGCUAGAUUAAACGAGACGUUUCCACGCUACAAGUUAUCCCGUAGAGUUCCUAAACAGUUGUCUAGGGUGCGAUCACACAAACUAGAAUUAAAGGUAGGUGUACCAGUUUUGUUAAUGCGUAACCUGGAUGCGCCAAGAUUAUGCAACGGUACUCGGUUGCGAGUUACCGAACUAGGAAGGCACAUUGUAAAGGCCAGAGUAUUAAUUGGAGAAGCAAAGGGAGCCAAUGUCAUUAUACCGCGCAUACUAAUUAAACCCAACAACUUGCCAUUCAAUUUCAAACGCCUACAGUUCCCAUUAAAAGUAGCAUUUUCAAUGACGAUCAACAAAUCACAGGGUCAAACAUUGAAUGUAGCAGGCAUACAUUUGGGAACGCCAUGUUUUUCACAUGGUCAGCUAUAUGUAGCUUGCUCACGUGUUUCAAAAGCAAAAAAUCUGCAUGUUUAUGCAGAAGGAUGGUCAAUAAGUUGUACUGUUUAUGUUUGGAUUGGAUUACCAUAG